UAUCACUUAUCAGUAUCGGAACUCACCCGUCCCGCCACAGUACUACGACUCACUCUCGGGUCUCGGCGACGGUUCCAAAAAGUGUAAACCCUAAUCUGCUCGUCCAGUGUUACCUCUAUACCAUUCACCGAUUCUGAAUUCUUACUGCUGGCUUUUAUUUCCGAGUAAUUUCCCAAUUUCUUCUUCCUGUCACUCACCUGUGCCUUCGUUUUCUCAAAAUUAGUUGUGUUAGCUUCUGAAUUGAAAUCAUCGUCCAGGUGAAAUAUAUGAUGAAUUCGAAAAAGAUGGACACUGGUUCCAAAGAUUUGAUCAGUAGUCUACCAGAUGCUCUUCUUUGUCAUGUCUUGUCCUUCCUUCCCACAACAGAAGCUGCUUCCACAUCGGUUCUCGCAAAAAGGUGGAGGUAUCUGUUGGCUUUUGUACCUAAUCUUGAUCUUGAUAACACCAUCUAUGACGACCGUCCCAAAAUGGGUAGACGUAAAAGGCUAGAGAUGCGUAAAAGUUUCAAGCUUUUUGUGGAUAGAGUGUUGGCUUUGCAAGGGACAGCUCCUUUAAAAAAGUUCUCUCUCAAGUGUAAAAUUGGUUCUGAUCCGUCUCGUGUCAAUGGUUGGGUACUCAAUGUGUUGGAGCGUGGUGUCCAAGAGCUUGAUCUGUUCAUAGCUUCGGAAUAUGAGUAUCCGUUGCCUCCAAAGGUCUUGAUGAGCAAGACAUUGGUUUCUCUGAAAGUAGCAGGUACAGAUGAGUUCACUAUUGAGGUUGGUGAGGUUUCUCUUCCAAAGCUUAAGACUUUGCAUUUUAGUGAUGUUUCGUUCGGUGAUGAGGGUGGUCCUCCAUUUGCCAAGCUGAUUUCUGGUUGUCACGCUCUUGAGGAGUUAGUUAUGAUUAAAAUGAUGUGGGAUUACUGGGAAUAUUGCUCUGUCUCCAACCCAUCUCUCAAGAGGGUAACGAUUGAUUGCCAGAACAUUGAUGAGAAUCCAAAGAGUGUAUCAUUCAAUACUCCAAAUCUUGUAUAUUUGGAGUUUACUGAUACUGUUGCGGCCAAGUAUCCAGAAGCGAUUUUUGACUCGCUUGUCGAAGCUAGCGUAGGCAUUCGAAUGACAGAUGAUCAGGUCUGGGACGCAAGAGAUUUAGUACAUAGUCAUCGUGGUUAUAAAAGAUGCAAGGGCGCAAAUGCAGCCGGUUUUUUCAAGGGAAUAUGCAAUGUUAAAAUCCUUUACUUAUCAUCCGAGGCUCUUGAGGUCCUUACUUUUUGCUGUAAAAAGGCGAUACCAGUCUUCAACAACCUGAUUCAUUUAACAAUUGAAACUGACCAAAUGGUAGACUGGGAAUCAUUGCCGAAACUACUUGAGAACUCUCCAAAUCUAGAAACCCUCGUCUUCAAAGGACUCCAUUACGGGGAUUUAAAUCAAUGUAUGGACACGGAUUACCGCUUCAAGGACACAAACGAAUGUUUUGGCGAUCAAGGUGACACAUGUCAGUGCAAACCAUGGUACGGCACUCCACUUUGGCUAUCAUCAAGUCCAGUGAAGAUACUAAAGGUACUGAAGUUUGGAGAAAUCUCUAAUUACAAAGAUGACAUGGAAAGGCAGACGGAUCUUAUCAAGCACUUUUUGGAGGCAAUGCCAAAUCUUGAACAAGUGAUAUUAUAUUAUGACACUCCAUUUGAUGAUGAUCUGAAAAUAGUAUCAACCGACCUUCAGAUGCUUAAAAAAGUAGCCUCAACCAAAUGCGAGAUCCAGGUAAUCUCUGAUAACAUCAGCUACUCAUUUACUGUGCACUCUUCAUCAUCUCCAAGUGGACUCGUCUUCUUCAAAAACACCUUCCCGGUUUGAAGAUCAUCAUGCUUUGUCUACGAGAAGUUUAUCAAAAGCAUUGGUAGUUAUUUCCUGUCUUGUCUCUGCCCUUUCAGCUUGUCGAUGUUCAUUUUUCUGGCUAUCCAUGUUGGUGAUAUGCGUAAACCAUGGGACUUGUCUUGCCUAGAAGAAAGUUUUUUUUUGUAUAGUUUGCUAAAACUCUAAGCAAGCUUCUUCUGUUUUUGUCAUUGAUAAACUUGUUGUAUUUAUGCUCUGUCUUACUGUUUAAGCUUCUAAAAUAUGCAUUCUACUUUUUGGUUCA